CAGCUGGUUACGUAACGCCCGGCACUAAGAGCUCGGAUCUCCACUCGGUCCCGUCCGCGCUCCGCUCCGCUCCGCGUCGUGUUGUUCACUCUUGGCUUUGUUAUUACCAGUCCAAAGUCCAACAGACAGACAGCUCACACACAACAGGACAAGGAGACCGACCACUCCGUUGCACCAACUUUUAUUCCCCCCUACAAACUUUACGCCAAACCAGCGAUCACAAUGGGGAAAGGCUGCAUGAAGGCAAUCAAGUACUUCCUGUUCCUCUUCAAUGUCCUCUUCUUCCUGUUUGGCGCCCUCAUCAUGGGGUUCGGACUGUGGGUCCUUCUGGACAAUGAGAGCUUCAUGGUCAUCCUGCAAGAGUCCUCCACAGCGCUGAAGAUAGCUUCCUACAUCCUGAUAGGUGUCGGUGGUCUCUCCAUGUUGAUGGGCUUCCUGGGUUGCCUGGGGGCUAUCUACGAGAUCCGCUGUCUGCUGGGCCUGUACUUCACCUGCCUGCUGCUGAUUCUGAUUGGUCAGGUGGCAGCCGGUGUACUCAUCUACUUCCAGAAGGACCUGCUAAAUAAGGAGAUGUCCAACAUCGUGACCCAGAUCCUGAGCAACUACCCUGGGAAGAACAGCACCACCGAGCAGGCCUGGGAUUACAUACAGAGGACGAUGGAGUGUUGUGGAUGGAGUGGUCGUAUGGACUGGCAUGGUAAUGCUGUCGUAGUGAACAGUUCCCAGCUGUUGUUCCCGUGUUCCUGUCAGAAUGUGUCUCUGGUUGAGGGUAACUCCUCCUCCGACAGUGGUUUCUGUGAGGCGCAGUCACUUGAUUGGCCCGUCUACGACAGGGGCUGUAACUCCAGUGUAGAGAGCUGGCUGUUUGCCAAUGUUGGAGUGAUCCUAGGGGUCUGCCUGGGAGUGGCUGUCAUCGAGCUCCUGGGUAUGAUCCUGUCCAUAGGGCUGUGUAAGAGCGUACACACUGAGGAUUACACCAAAGUGCCAAAGUACUGAAGAUGAUGACGACACACACACACACACACACACACACACACACACACACACACACACACACACACACACACACACACACACACACACACACACACACACACACACACACACACACACACACACACACACACACACACACACACACACACACACACACACGCGUUCGGUGCAGAUGUUUAUUUGCUUUCAUUUUUUUUGUUUAAUUUUUGUUUUGUUUUUGUUAGUAUUUUUUGGGGGGGAGGCACUUGUCUUUUCUCUCAGUCCAGUUUCCAUCGGAGCACUUUAGAGACUGUAGUUAUGGAUUAGAGAGGAAGACGAGAGCAGACCGGGUCACAGAGACAACAGGAAAGAGAGAUGUGGAGAAAGUGAGGACAGAGAAGACGAGGAUGUGGAAAGAGAUGGAGGGUCGUCUCCUACCCUCGGCAGAUGCAGUCUACCACAUCCUUGACUUCUGGGGAAAGAUCCAUUUUAUCAUGAGGAAUCAAUCAUGAUCGCCAUUGUUUGUCAGCUCUCACAGGGUCCAAUCCUAACUUCAGAUAUGCAUGGGUAACUUUCAUGAAUUUAAAAAUGUAAAAAUUUGAGAUUUUCGAUUAGAGAAUUGAAUUAGGAGAUUUGUGAAAAUGUGAGUUUCGUUCACAGAUCUCAAGUUCGGUCAACGGUUGUUAUUGAGUUGACCUGACUAGAAGAGGAAGAGUUCGGUCAACGGUUGUUAUUGAGUUGACCUGACUAGAAGAGGAAGAGUUCGGUCAACGGUUGUUAUUGAGUUGACCUGACUAGAAGAGGAAGAGUUCGGUCAACGGUUGUUAUUGAGUUGACCUGACUAGAAGAGGAAGAGUUCGGGUUAUUGGACUCCUGGAAAAUAAACAACGUUUAUGUUUUUAUUUUCUGUUCUUCAGUGUUUUGAGGAGUUAAUGCAUUUUUGUUUGUUAUAGUACCUUGUAUAUAAUUUAGUUUGGUAUUUCGUGAGCCUCUGAAUCUGCGUUUUUUUUGUUUUGUUGUGAAGAUGUUUUUUGUUCGUUGCAUGUUUUCUUUUUCAUGCAUUUCAUUUUUUUGUGCAGUUUUGAUGUUUUUCUUGAUAUUUUUGUUUAAAGUAAAAAGGAAUAAUGAGAUACUAAAGAGGACCAAGAUUCUGCUACUUUAAAGUAGGGGGGGG